GACUCGCCAUGCACCAUGGUGGUCCACCCACCUCCAGCCAAAAGUGGCUAUCUCAUGGAACGUUUAAAGUGUGUCUCUCCCUAUGCAAGGCCAACUACAAUAUGGAACCCAAGGCUACUAGCCUUUAUGCAACGCAACUUUUAUCACGUCACGCCGCUCCGGUCGUCUUGUCCGGUGACCAUCUGGGAAUCAGCUAUAGCGAUGAGAAUGGAGCUGACCCGAAUGAAAUAUUCUUAGCUGUCUUAGCUGUCUUGGCUCGAGUGGAGAGGGCGAUGGCAGUGGGCGAUUCAAUUCAGCGCUUAUCUAUUGAUCACCCCCCUCUCUUAUAUCUACUCUGCCCUCUCUUGCUCCUCUCCACCUCUCUCCCCAUCCCCCACCUUGAGUCUACUGUUCACCUGGCAUCUAGUUUAAAGCAUCGCGCUGACCCUGACGAAUUCGACCAUCCAUUUCGCUUCCUUAUGAGCUCGAAAAAGAUUGCCGUCUUGUCCGUGCUGGCGACUGCACUCGGUGUCAGCGGUCAAUGUGCGUGUUCCCCACUCGCUCUACACUCCCCACCCUCUCUUCCCAUGCUAGUGCCUUGCCCUUUCUCCCGACCAGCUAUCAAUCUUCUAACUUUGCAAACAGGACCCCAACAACCUUCCCCCGACCACGGAACGAGACCAAGUCGGUCAGUUUCAUCUUCUAUCAGAAUCAUCGUAUCGGUUACUGAAUUCUCAUUCUUGCCCUUCUCUCUUCAAAACAAUUUCCUAUCGGGUCGCACUUCGGUAUCUAUUCCCGUGCGCGCUACAGGCACCAACCAGUGCGGUACAGCAAACAAUGAUACGAGCCUGUGCCAAAACGUCUAUGUCAAUAACAUCAAGGACUUUUGUCUCUGGGGUCCCCAACAACCUAACUCGGGUUCUGACGUUGCUACAGCCAACCUGGACGAGGCACUCGUCUCUUCAAGGAGGGCACUCUCAACUCUGCUCAUUUCGUCGAGACGCCCGACUAUAUCCAGGUCACUGGUACUGGCAACUUUCAAAAUAUCAACAUUGCCGCUGGUGAUGCAGGAGGAGAGUUGGAUCCCCACGGCCCUGGUCAGGCAUUUCUCAGUUAUGAUUACAUUAUCUCAUUCUCUUACAGAUGGUCUGGGUAACCCCCAUGGUGGUCUCGUCUUUACUAACCAUUGGAACAAUGGCACCAACGGUCUCGGAGAGCAAAUCCACGAAUGGACCAACUUUAUGAGCGUCAAUGAAUACUGCAUUCGUGUCUGCAAGGAAGGUCCUGGUGCCGCCAUGUGGUGCCAGCACAUUUAUGACGUUACUGGUUGCAAGUGGAACAUGCCCGGAAACUAUGAUGAUGGAUUCACCAGCUGCAAGGGUGAUAGUCCCAUGGGUCUCUAUCCCCAAGCCGAUGGUAGCACCAGCACCUUCCACCAAGGUGAAGGCGCCACCCCUCCUCCAACCUACGACUCUAGCACGCUCUAUGCCACCGCGACACCCACUCCCACCACGACCGUUUCGACCACUGGAUCUCGCCCCGUCUCUUCUGGCCCCGCGCCCACCAACUCGGGUUCCACCGGCGCCGGCGUUCAAGGUGUCGCCGCCAUGCCCUUCAUGAUGGCCACUUCGCUCAUCGGCUUGGUCGUUGCCCUCGGCAUCAUCUUCUAA